GCGGUGCAAUGUCGAGGCAGAGAGUUUGGUGUGGGAGAGGGACAUGGACCGAGGGCGCUCUUCCGACUAACAGAGGCCGAGAGCGACUCGCAUAGCCACAACUCUUGAAAUAAUAGAUGAGAUCGGGUCUUCGAUAUCCUAAAACAAAAACCCGUAUAAGCAGCCCAUCUUUCACAUCUACUUCACGCACACACUAACACGGCAUUGAUGGUAAUGUAUACAAGGAAACAACCGAGACUCGGCGAUGGGUGCAACGACCGAAGGGACUCUCAGCCCUACCAGACUUUUAAAUACUCCUCCAAGAGUCACCCAGGUGGUGAUCACCGGCAUGAGAAGAUGCGAGAGAGCAGUGAUGGCACUCCGCCGUGUAAGAUGCUGCGCAGAUCAGACAGUCCUGACAACAAGCACACUGACAACAGUGCACACGGCAGAGCUAAAUCCACACAUCUCCACCGAGCCAGAGACAGGGACGGAGGCACCAGUAUUUCCCCUCAAGAGAAUUCUCACAACCACAGUUCCCUGCACAGCUCCAACUCUCACUCGAACCCCAACAAAUCCGACACAGCAUACGACCCUGCAGAUGAUUGGUCGGAGCACAUCAGCUCAUCAGGGAAGAAGUACUACUACAAUUGCAGAACAGAAGUGUCACAGUGGGAGAAGCCCAAAGAGUGGCUGGAGAGAGAACAGAGACAAAAGGAGGCGACCAAGAUGGCAACAGCAACAGCGGUGGUCAAUAGCUUCCCUAAAGACAGAGACUACAGACGUGAAGCGAUGCAGGCUGCUCCCACCAGCUUCACCCCUACCAAGUCUGUAGUUGCCACAGAAAAGCCUUCCUCUCUCACCCCGUCCUCUUCCUCUGCUGCUGUGUCUGGGCUAAGUGCCACCAACCCCACUAGCUCCGCGUCAAGUUCUACAGUUUCCCCAGUGAUGCAGUCCCCUGCUACACCUACUAUCCUACAAGACCCCUCCCUCUUACGCCAGCUUCUCCCAGCGCUACAGACGGCACUGCAGCUGAACAAUGCCAGUGUGGAUAUGGCCAAGAUCAAUGAAGUUCUCACAGCUGCAGUAACACAGGCUUCACUGCAGUCAAUGCUUCACAAGAUCCUGACUGCCGGUCCGUCUGCCUUCAACAUCACAACACUUCUCUCCCAGGCUGCUCAGCUCUCUAGUCAAGCCCAGCAGUCCAGUCAGUCUCCGAUGUCCCUGACGUCAGAUGCUUCGUCUCCCCGGUCAUAUGUUUCCCCCAGGAUCAGUACGCCCCAAACUAACACCGCGCCCCUGAAACCCCCCAUGAGCACCACACCUGUCUCGUCUCAGACCAAGGUGAAUGCUCUGGGGAUUAAGACCAGUUCUCUUCCCCCACCCUCAUCUCAGCAGCCCCUCCCUUCAGAUAAACACCAUGACAACAGCAACUCCCCACGGACACUGCAGCGGCAGAGUAGUCAGAGAAGCCCCUCUCCUGCUCCCAACCAUGUGGGAAACAGUAACAGCAGCAGUAAUAAUGGCAGUGGUGGUGGUCAGAGUACUGGCGUGGGAACCGGAGCAGGGCCUGCAGCUACAGUACCAGCUGGAACAGGCACGGCCAGACAAGCCUGCUCCUUCACGCCCUCGUUGGCGGCACACUUUAACGAGAACCUCAUCAAACAUGUGCAAGGCUGGCCUGCAGAACAUGUUGAGAAACAGGCGUCAAGGUUACGUGAAGAGGCUCACACCAUGGGCAGCAUUUACAUGUCUGAGAACUGUACAGAGCUGAAGAACCUACGCUCACUAGUGCGUGUGUGUGAAAUCCAGGCCACACUGCGUGAACAGAGGAUACUCUUUUUGAGACAACAAAUUAAAGAACUUGAAAAGUUGAAGAAUCAGAAUUCCUUCAUGGUUUGAGAACUCCGGGUUGGUUUGGUGUGGGUUUUGAAUAGAAGGACAGCAGAGGUGUGAGGAUGAGUAGGAGUCCGUUUUGCGUGCACAGAACCCUGGAGAACCAACGUUCUGCUCAUGGUCCAGUCUUACACAAACGGAGCUGCUGUGGACUGAAGGGCGAGGGAGGGGGAUAUGGUGGGUGGAGGCUUUGGGCCAGAUGUGGAGAUGUUUUGGGACCUGCUCUUGCCAGGGGCCGUGUAUAUGUAGAUUUCUUGUAGAUGUUAUUUCCAUGUUGUAAAUAUGUUUUGUAGAUGAAGCCAUGGGAAGCCAUGCCUAUCAGAAAAGCUUUUGUCAGCCAAAUGUUAAAGAAAUUUGAAACCUAAUCAGCACCAACUCCAAUUGAGGGCAUUCAUUGUCUUCAAUGUCCUUAUGUUUAAAAAAAAAAAUCUGACUGCAGAUUUUUAAACCUGCCUUUGAGAAAAAAAAAUCUGAAAUCUGCUUGUCAGAAAAACGUUUGGUGAGCCAUUGCCUUGAGCAUGUACUAAACGUGCAUGGGGGGGAGAGGCGGUGGACGAUCCAGUGGGGGCAACUAGUGACAAUGACCACAACACACACACACACACACACACAUGCACAUUCAUGUCUUCUGACUGCACACACCUCCACCUUUUAAACCCUGUCUGGUUUGUUUCUGUUUUUCUGCACAUGAAUAAGUGUAAUGUUGCUAAAUGGUAAAUGGACCCCCCCCUCCCCAUUUGUUGCUUUCUCUGGUUGCACUGUAAAGGUUUCACUCCCCCAGCCCAUGCCUUUUGAAGGGAUUAGAUCAUGUCUGUCCACAAUGGUUCAGUGGUCUCUGCCCCAAUGGCCCUAUUGAGCCCUCUGUCAACAUCAGUGCCUGCUUGUAUUGGAGGAGUGAAUCAGAAAAAAGAAAGAUCCUUUUCCUCAUUGAGUGAUGAGGAGAAAGCACCAUUCCUGCAGCUCGAUCUAAAAUGCCCGUCUGCCUGCCUCCCAAACUGGCUGCCUCUGAACCUGGUGAAGUCUGAUUGACACCAAGAACAACCCCCUCCUCUUUUUUUUUUUUUUCCUCUUUUUUUUUUCCCCUUGGUUUCUAGACUUUCUGGCAAGUUUUUCCCCCUUUUUUUAUGUUUCUUUUUUUUUUAAGCAAGUUUAUUGCAGCUUGCAUUAAACCAAGAGUUCAUUCCUUUGUACAGUCGUUAAUUAAUAAUGGAGUUUAAAAAGAGUUUUAUUAAAAGUUGCAGUGAUUACUAGUAUAUCAUAUGUUGUAUUCAUAAAUUAUUGUCACACAUUUUCCUUUGGACCCUGAUUGGACAGAGAGGAGCUAGUGCUACCGGAUAGUAGGAAAUUGAAGUGGUGUUAAAGGUCAAGGCUGAGGACUGGACAUUACCAACUCCUCCACAUCAGAAUCAGGGCAGGGUCACCUGGGGUCAGAAGGUCAAAUGUGAAAUGUAUGUAUUGUAAUAAACAUGCUAAAAAGUA